AUGUCGACUCAACAGUCUCCUGAGACACAACAUGCGCCCUAUCCUCCACACUACUCCUCGCUUGGAGGUCGUCCAACACUCGGUUUGGACGUUCCGAUCACUUCAGUCUUCCUACUGCUGUUCAUCAUUGGGGCGGCUGGUCAUAUGACCAUCUUCCAAAUCAACAGGCGCCGUGGCCACAAGUUCAUUAUGUCGGCACUCACCUUCGGCUUCUGUAUGGCACGAAUACUCGCAUCCACGCUGCGCAUCGUAUGGGCGUGCUAUCCGAACGAUGUCUCGAUUGCGAUCGCUGCUCAGAUCUUUGUCGCAGCUGGAGUGUUGAUCUUAUUCCUGAUCAACCUCAUCUUCGCGCAGCGGAUGUUGAGGGCAGCACACCCACACUUCGGGUGGCACAAGGCCUUGUCAAGAUGCUUCUUGGUUCUGUAUGUGCUGAUUGGCGCAAUGCUCUGCAUGGUCAUCACCGCGACAGUCCAGUCAUUUUACACGCUCAACCCUCACACGCUCCACAUCGACAAGAUUCUUCAGCAGACUGCUGGCGUCUACCUGAUGGUCGUGGCAUUCCUCCCGAUACCUAUGGUCAUUAUCGGACUUGUUGUUCCUCGAAAGACCCGCCUUGAGAAAUUCGGUACGGGUCGAUGGCGGACAAAGAUCGCAAUUCUCCUCACAUCCUCGACGCUCCUCACCUUGGGAGCUGCUUUCCGCGCGGGCACCAACUUCAAGGACCCCAGACCUAUCAACGACCCUGCGUGGUACCAGUCCAAGGCAUGCUUCUAUCUAUUCGACUUCACGGUCGAGGUUCUGGUCUCUACCUCUAUCUCGUGGUCAGGGUAG